UCUCACUGAAAGAUUCAAAUGAUUAUUUCAUAUGUCUCAGUAAUCAGUGGAUAGUACUUGUUUCUUUGACUUGGGGAGCGUUUGGUCACCUUGGCAACCGUAACACAUCCACACAUGGCUGGUCACCUAUUGCUAGAACAGCAAGCUCGCUAACUAUUAUGACUGAAGAACUAGACGAAGAGGUUUUAGACAGUCUUGCCGAAAUCGACAAACGUUAUACAGUAUUUGAUGGAGCGUCGCAAGAAGAUGUGGCAUAUGCAAAGGUUUUCUGGAACUCACUUUCCCUGCAGCCACCAAUAGAGUCUCGACUCGUUUCAGCUGAUAUCAGGCAGCGGCUGAGAGCUGCGAAGACCCCGCGCUCCACAAAUGCUACUGCAAAACAAGCGUCAUGGUCAAAGAGGGAUGAGGAAAUCCAGCAGGAUGCUUACUUGAAGCAAAAGCAAGAGGAGAGACAGAAAUACAUGGAGAUGCCUUGGUGUUCCAUGUGCUCUUCACAAUCUGGUCAGUCAUUCAUCUCCUUGCAUUUGAAGAUAGCAUGUUCAUCAGGGCGGUGGGCAGUGCCCUCUCUGUAAUGUCUGCUUUCCCACUGUGAGUAAUCAACCUGGAAACCCCAAGAUGGAUGGCCCUCUGGAGGACAGAUCCAUUUUAUGAGAUUACUCUUAGCUAAUUAGCCUCAUUCCCAAAACCUCUGAAUCGAAGGCUUAUUCAUUGGAGGUUUUUUCAUAAAAAUUGGCUUUGCCCUGUCAAAAAUGCCUUAAAGUCUCUGUUCUAUAUUGUUCAAUUAUUGUAAUGUUUAAUAUAAUGUGGGAAAAUGUAAUCAUACUCCCGUCUGCUGUAAUGUGAUUUUCCCGAUGUAUUGUACUGUUCCACAACUCCAUUUGAUUUAGUUGUAUGAGUUUUAGCAGAUUGCAAUAUGACAGAUGUUUACACUGGGUGAUAAUAAUCAACAGAGGCAUUACAUUACAUUAUUAUAACUGAUUAACCUGC